GACGACCAGGAGCUGGUUCGGGGGCUCUGGGCCCCUGGAUGCUAACAUGGCCAAAGAGAAUGCAGCAUUUUCCACCGUCCCUGAGACCCCGGUGUCCGAGUCCAAGCCGCCCCUUUCUUCCCACCAGCUCAAACCGGCUGCUGUGCGGCGCCUCGGCGCAGAGCCGGAGAAGCCGGAGAAGAAGAAGGGCCGGCAGCGAUACGUGGAGAAAGACGGCAAGUGCAACGUACAGCAUGGCAACGUGCACGAAACCUACCGCUACCUGACGGACAUCUUCACCACCUUGGUGGACCUGAAGUGGCGCUUCAGCCUGCUGGUCUUCAUCCUGGCGUACGCCAUCACCUGGCUCUUCUUCGGCCUCAUCUGGUGGUUUAUUGCCUACUGCCGGGGCGACCUGGACCACCUGGGCGAGGAGGAGUGGGUCCCAUGCGUCAAGAACCUGAACGGCUUCGUCUCCGCCUUCCUCUUCUCCAUCGAGACAGAGACGACGAUCGGCUACGGCCACAGGGUCAUCACAGACCAGUGUCCCGAGGGCAUCGUCCUGCUGCUGCUGCAGGCCAUCCUGGGCUCCAUGGUCAACGCCUUCAUGGUGGGCUGCAUGUUUGUCAAGAUCUCCCAGCCCAACAAGCGGGCGGAGACGCUGGUCUUCUCCUCGCACGCCGUGAUCUCCCUGCGCGACGACCGCCUGUGCCUCAUGUUCCGGGUGGGCGACCUGCGCAACUCCCACAUCGUAGAGGCCUCCAUCCGGGCCAAGCUGAUCAUGUCCAAGCAGACACACGAAGGGGAGUUCAUCCCCCUCAACCAGACAGACAUCAACGUGGGCUUCGAGACGGGCGACGACCGCCUCUUCCUGGUCUCGCCCCUCAUCAUCAGCCACGAGAUCAACGAGCACAGCCCCUUCUGGGAGGUCUCCAAGGAGCAGCUAAGGAAGGACGAGUUCGAGGUCGUGGUCAUCUUGGAAGGGAUGGUGGAGGCCACAGGGAUGACGUGCCAAGCUCGGAGCUCCUACCUGGUGGACGAGGUCCUCUGGGGCCACCGCUUCAUGUCCGUCCUCUCCCUUGAGGACGGCUUCUAUGAGGUGGACUACAACAGCUUCCAUCAGACCUUUGAGGUGCCCACCCCCACCUGCAGUGCCCGGGAACUGGCCGAGGCAGCCGCCCGUAUGGAUGCUCACCUGUACUGGUCCAUCCCCAGCCGGCUGGACGAAAAGGUGGAGGAAGCCACCGAGAAGGCGGAAGAAGGCAGCAAGGAGAGGAACGGGAACCUGGCCAGCUUGGAAAGCGAGUCUAAGGUUUAACGGGGCCGCAAGGCGACGG